AGCAGUGACAGUGUUUAAGUCAUUACAUUGAGAUUGUUACAAAAUUAUUGGAAGUUGUGUACACGAUUUUUGGUACAAAGAAUUAAUAUUAAAAACUUUCUUAGAAAUAAAGCAAUAUCUUACGGUGAGAUCCUUAGAAAAAUAACGUAAUAAAAUAAUUCUUAACAAGGAUAUCAAGAGAAUAAGUUUUAAUUGUAUGAAGCAAAUAUCAAAUAUUUUGCGACAUAAAUCAAGAAAGAAAAGUCUUACAAACGUAAGAAAGUUUAAGAAAGUAAAAAGUUCAACGAAAAAUGAUUAUUAGUAUAUUGUUAUUAUUUUUCUUUAUCUUAUUAAUGUAUAAUUAUUACGUACAUCAUGGAAGAUCUGGUCGACUUAUUAAUCUUAUACCAGGACCAAAAGUUACUCCGAUUUUUGGUAAUGCAUUUUCAUUCCAAGGUUCACACGAGGAACUUUGGAAGAAUUGGCGUUCUCUCACUAACGACUUUUAUCCUAUAACGAAAUUGUGGAUGUUUUUUACGCCCGCGGUGUUAAUUCGUCAUCCAGAUCAUCUAGAAAAAAUACUGAGUAAUGUGAAAUAUAUUAAUAAGAGUCGUAUGUAUGAGAUUUUACAUCCUUGGUUCGGAACCGGUCUUCUCACGAGCCAAGGUGCCAAGUGGCAGACACGACGAAAGAUACUAACUCCCGCAUUUCAUUUUAAUAUAUUACAACAGUUUGUUGAUAUUUUAAUUGAGGAGAGUGGUCGUAUGAUACAAUCAUUGAAAGAUGUUGAAGGAACAGUUGUAAAAGAUUUGGUACCAUUUAUGAGUGAACACACACUGAACGCAAUAUGCGAAACUGCUAUGGGUACCUCUCUGCAAGGUCUUGGUGAGUCACAGCAUCGGUAUCGAAAAGCGGUUUACGAGAUAGGCGAACUUUUUGUCCGCAGAAUGAUGAGGCCAUGGUUUUAUUACACUCCAGUAUUUGAGUUGUCGCCAACAGGAUUUCGGCAAAGAAAGGUUUUGAAAAUAUUGCAUGAAUUCACUGAAAAAAUUAUUGCAGAAAGGAAACUUUAUCAUGAACGUACCAAUAAUCGAUAUUUAAAAAAUUUUGAAAAUUACAAUACAGGAGAAAUAGAUGGAACCGAGGUAUAUGAAACUCGAAAAAAACGACUUGCUAUGUUGGAUCUUUUAAUAGCAGUGUCUAAAGAAAACAAUAUAACGGAUUUAGACAUCAGAGAAGAAGUUGAUACAUUUAUGUUUGAGGGUCAUGAUACUUCUGCGAUGGCCGCAUGUUUUACUUUAUUAUUAUUAGCUGAGCACAAAGAUGUUCAGGAACGUAUCAGAACUGAAAUUGAUACUGCGAUACAAGGGAAUGGAAAGAAGUAUACGAUGACAUUGUUGCAAAAUCUGCCAUAUUUAGACAGAUGUUUAAAGGAAUCACUACGAUUGUAUCCCAGCGUGCAUCUCAUAUCACGUGUUGCUUCAGAAGACAUAAAAUUAGAUUCAUAUAUAAUACCUGCUGGAACAUUCAUACAUAUUAAUAUCUAUGAUGUUCAUAGAGAUCCCAAUUUUUGGCCUAAUCCAGAUGUAUUUGAUCCAGAUAGAUUUUUGCCAGAGAAAAUACGAAAUCGUCAUUUUUAUUCCUACGUACCUUUCAGCGCAGGACCAAGAAAUUGCAUAGGUCAACGGUUUGCCAUGUUGGAAUUGAAAGCUAUAAUAGCCCCUUUAGUGCAUAAUUUUUACUUGGAAUCUGUUGAUUAUUUGAAAGAUGUUCGAUUUAAAAGCGAUCUUGUGAUUCGUCCUGCACAUCCAGUCCGUGUAAAAUUCAUUCCAAUUGACCGCAUUAAAUCAUGCGAUGCAACAACAAAUUCUAGCAAGGUAACAGACUAACUAGUGUUAUAAAUAAAACACAAAAUGUAUGUGUGGAAACAUUACAUUUAAUUUAGAUUUAGAGCACAUAUCUGCGAAUAUAAAUUGUCGUAAUGAAAAAGAAAAUUAUAAAUUAACUUGUGCGUGUCAUACAUAAUAGAUUUACUAAAUGUAUCGAUAAAUAUUAUAAAUAAAAUUUGCAUGAUAAGAACAUUUUUGAUAACAGAUAUCUAAAGUACAUAUGAUAUCUAAAUACACAAGUGCUUCUUUCAACAAUUAGAAUUACAAAUCAGAUGCAACAAAUAGAAAAUGUUAUACAAAUCUGAUAACAUAUUAUUCUGAAUAUAUUAUUAGAAGACACGUAGUACACAAAAGUAUCCGCAUAGCGGUAAGUCCUCUCGCGCCGAGUUGCUUUCAACCGUCAGAUAAACACUACGUGGCGCAUGUUUGCCAUGUCAAAGAGGUUAAAAAAAUUACUAAGUCUUUUACUUUUUUUAAAUAUUAUAUAACGUAUUAACAUUCAAGACCAAUGAAAGGACCCAAAGAAGUAAUAAAAAAAGAAUUUUUUAAACUGUAAUUUAUUCAACAAAAAAUUGUUAUCACUUUACUGCUAUUAUGCAUCUUUCUCAUAUUACUCCUAUUCAUACUACUUACUAGUGAAGGUAACAUAAUUCUCAUUUCUAAUAUGUAUAAUAUUUUGAAAUGUAUAAAAAUUGUAUUCUUUAUUUUUUUAUAUUCAUAUAAAUUCCGUAUUCUGUAUUCUAAAUUCUGUAUUUAAGUACACAUAAUUGUAAGAUGUGGAAUAUUAAUCUCAAUGCAUAACUAAUUGCUGUCAUUUUUAAAUUAUAAUAUACUUUUUAAGUCUUAAAUACAGUCAUUUUUAAUCAUAUUUAGUAAAAUUAAAAAAAAAUAAACAAAUAAUUUGUUACAUCAUUAAAAGAGUUAUUAACUCAGUUGUCACAUGUAUUAUAAAUAUUUAUGGUUAUGGAUAAUAUGGAUAUUUUAUAUUUUAUCUAGUACAAUAUGUUAUAUAUUUGCUUUUUCACAAUUAUAGUUUUAAAACACUUUUUAAUUUGAUAAGACGUAUCUUAUUGUAUACCUUAUUGAAACCGACAAUAAAUGUAUGAUUAAUGCGCGUUGAAUGGUGUUUGUAUUUGUUUUAACUCAAAUACAAGAAAACUAGCGUGACUGUUCAGCACUUGAUGACGUGCGUGUUAGAGCGAUAUCGAAAUGAGUGUAAUAAUAGUAAAAAAUAAUUAUUUUAUGUAUUCUAAAGAAAUAAAAUAAAUGUUAUAUUUUGACA